AGACCACAUCCAUGUGAGCAUCCGCUGAACGCGCCCGGAGCGAAACAUAUGAGUUCCACUGUUCCAAGUUGCUGCUGGUCGUGAUAUCUCACCCAACAUUCACCGUCACGGCGCAAUCAUGUCAGACCACAUCCGCGAUGGCGGCCAGUCCAUCUCGGGAGAUCCCACGCGCACCUUCAACUACCCGUGGGCAGCGGCACCAGAUAUCAUUCGAUCCAACCAGAAAGAUGCCUACUUCCAGUCCGUCCUCCUGACCCAACUCUCGGCCGUUAUCAGGUCUCUUUAUGGCACACGAUCAGAACACAAAUGGGCCAGUGAAGCAUCGCUAUUCACCGAACUCCUCUACCUCGGCCUCACCACCUUCAUCGGCAACCGGACGCUGGGAGAAGAAUACUGCGAUAUCGUCCAGGUCGAAGAUGACACCCAUCGCCUUCCUUCUAUCGCAAGGCGUAGCGGCUACAUCCUCUCGAGCGUCCUCCUUCCCUACACGCUCACACGCUUCCUCCCCGCCUUUCGCAAACGCUUACGGGCGAAAUUGGAAAAGAGGCUCAAACGGGCCCAUCAUCGUCGAGUGUCAGACUCGGCACAGAUCAAGAACCCGCCCAAGAAAGUCAGCCAGUUCCAAGAAUACAUUCUCAAACAUCUCGACUCCAUUACCUCUCCAGCUCCCGUUUACGCAGUCAGCCUGGCCGUGUUCUACUUCUCGGGAGCCUACUACCAGCUCUCCAAACGUAUCUUCGGUCUCCGAUACGUCUUCACUCGAAAGCUCACCGAGGGAGAUCAACGAGCAGGUUACGAAGUCCUGGGAGUGCUCCUCGUCGUGCAAAUGGUCGUGCAAGGCUAUCUACACAUGAAGACCACCUACUCCAAUGUCCAAGCCCAAAAUCUCGUCCCGCCACCUCCCACAUCAAGCGGUUUGCAAGCCGGUGGCACAGCAGUGGUAGACGAGGACGUGGAAGCGGGAGCUGAGAAUCCUUUCAACACACCUUUACUCUUCGAGUCCCACCCGUCCGGAAAUAGCCCCGAGGAUAUCGCGAGAAGGGUGGCGCAGACCACCCAUACGCCGAUAAUCCAGGGCCAUCGAUACGACUUGAAAGAUGACGAGACGAUGCAAUGGAUUGGAGAUCAGGCUCGGAAAUGCACCUUGUGUUUGGAACCGAUGAAGGACCCCAGUGUGACGACGUGCGGCCACGUGUUUUGUUGGAGUUGUGUGACAGAUUGGUUGAGAGAGCAGCCCAUGUGCCCGCUUUGUAGACAGGGCGCUUUGGUACAGCAUGUCCUGCCCUUGAGACGGUAGUGGAGAAAGAUCAGAUUUCUAGAAUAAUUAAUAAGCCAGCGCUGCCAUGAUCCCUGGCGGCUACCAUGUGGAGAUGACUAUCUUCUGGGAAUAUGGAGAGCCUCUCGUGUUCCGCGAUCAUAUGCGGUGCGGAAUCGAAUCUCCGGCAGCACAUUCGCAGCCACAGAACCUCCACCGCUAAGCAUGUGUGCCAUGUUCGACGGAGUGUUGACACUACGUGCAAUCUCGGUCGCGAUGCUGGAUGUACGCGGCGUGCCGAAUCCCGGUGGUGUCUGCUGAAGGGGCAGGUGGGAGCAGCGUCCUCUUUAGUGCGAGCGUGAUGCCCAGAAGUGAGCGUGGUUGUGAGCUUACAAUGAAGCAAUUGACAAAGUCUGAACUAACGAAGACUCCUGCUAGAUACUUUUGGUCUGUGAUGGCUGACACAUCGUCCAUCUAUUUGGCAGACUGUCUUCCUGCAUCAUGCUCUCCUGUUUUGCGAUCAGCGCGCGUGCGACGCUUGGCGCGCAUCGCGUGUAGACAAACUUAGCGAAAGGCGAUCCAAGCCAGACUUUUGGCUUGAAGUGUGCGAGUGUCAUCUUUCUCGCUCAGCUCCCAUCAAGCAUCGAACUUCUCACGCAGGGUCUUGAGUCUACUCAAGUAGGGAUCCCUGUCAAUGUAGCCACCCUUGAGCCAUCUCUGCCUUCCAAUAUCCCCAAUGUUAAAGGCUCUUCUCGCGUGCAGGACUCUUCUGUUGUCAAAAAUGACGCAUUCCCCAGGCUUCAUCAGCCUCUCAUGAAUAUGGUCUUCUCGAUGGAUCAAGUUGUUAAACUCCGAUGCGGCCUGAUGCCAGCGCGACACCUGGAAGUUAUAUGCUCUGCUCAUCAAAACGGCGUCUUGCAUGGGUUGGCCAGUUCUUGAAUCGACCGUUAAGCGGAAUGGACCUUGAAAUGGAGGAGACCAAGCUACCGACGAAACGAAAUCCAUGACGUCCAAGUCUUGCAACUCUUCAACGGGUGAACGCCCUGGUACGGCUUUUUGCUGAAUGACUGUCCUCUUUUGGUGGUAAUAGUUCUCGCCCGGAUGAUCAUAGUGAUAGGACACCGGCUGUCUGGCGAGCGUGCGGAAGGCACCUGGAUUCAUCUGUGCAAUGUCUUUCACCGCUUUGAAGCUGUCUGAAAAUAGGCUUGCCCCUCCCGAGGAAGAUGAUUGUAUGCAGUGUAGCAGCUGCAAAUGGGGAGGCUGUUCCAUAUACAUGAGAUCCAUGUGGAAGCCGAGAUUCUGAGAAGUAUACGCAACGUUCUUCGCAUCUGGCACCGCUCGAACGUCCCAUGUCUUGCCAUAGAAUGUUGUUUUUAAGGGACCGAUGCGCUCGGCAAGGCGAUUCACAGACUCCUCGUCCUCGGGGACGUUGCGCACGAAGAGCAGACCGUGAGUGUGAAGCUGUUUCACAGCAUGCAGCAACACUUUGUCGUCAGCCAUAUAUUCAGCAUAUUCAAAGUCAUUCGUCUCCUGGGCGUAUGUGGCGGCAUUCCAGAAGGAUCGUGGCAGCUGAGGCCGCUCCACCUCAGGGCUCCCGGUGAUGACGACCCUGCUGAGUGCAUCAAGCGCGAUCUUCGUGACGUGACUCUCGUCAUAUCCUGGCACGUCGUUGGCCCAGGUGAUUGACAAACCCUCCGCGUCUGCCUCCACACUCCGAGCCUCAAUGUUGGCGGGAAUGUCAGGUGUGUAGAAUUGCUUCUGCCUCGUCGACACGUCAAUGCACUGCGGGCAAGAGCACAGGUCGCGGAGGACUAGAGGAGCGAAAGAGUGCGUCUGGCCAGCAAUAUCGAUUGGUAUCCAACGCGGGUCGGGGUCUCGCAGGUCACUCGCGUGUCGUGUGCUUCGGAGCGGAACAGACGGCGUCUCUGCGUGAGGUUUGUGUGCGGGUCGACGAGGUCGCGAUGUCCAGAGAUGGCGGGCGGGAGCAACAGUCUGCGCAAUGCUGCGAAGCCAGAGCGGUUGUGGAUUGCGC